AUGGAUAAUAUAAAGCAAUCAGCUGGACCAGAUGACCAAACAAACAAGAUGAUGCCUGGUCUGGCUGGCGGGAGUGGAGAUAUCAGCAUGAAUGUUGCCGCUCACUCUGGAGAGAUGGUGAACGCCCCAGCCUUGAGUGGCUGUAUCUUCAAUGCCCCUCUCACCUUCACCUUUGGACCAGUGGCCACACCUCAGCAAAGGAAUGAAUGUGUUGCUGAACAUGCAGUCCAGCCACAAAAAAUGCCAACACAGAAUGAAGUUGAAAAGAAGAGAGGGGAGACAGACAGGCAACUCAAGCAACACCUUAAGUCCAUCCAAAGAAAAAGGUGUGUUCGUGUUCGCCAAGAACUGGGGGAUGAACAACUACAGGACAUCUACACUGACCUUUGCAUUGUAGAAGGACGCACUGGGGGGGUCAACAGUGCACAUGAAGUGUCAACAAUUCACUUGAAACAAAUUGAGACCAGGACAUUCUCUGGGACCAUGAACUCAGUAAAUCUGUCAAACAUAUUCUCUGAGUAUGCUGGUGAACCUGUCACAAAGGUCUUGACGUUGGGAAUAGCCGGAGUGGGGAAAAGUGUUGCUGUGCAAAAAUUUGUCUUGGACUGGGCAGAGGACAGAGAGAAUCAACAUAUAGAGCUUGCAUUUAUUCUUCCAUUUCGAGAGCUGAACUUGUACAAAGAGAAGUACAGCCUACUCAAUCUUCUCCUUAAAUUCUACCCAGAACUAAGACGGUUCAAAAAAGCCAUGGAAUUGAAAAUGACUGUUCUUUUUGUGUUGGAUGGCUUGGAUGAAAGCAGAAUCAAGUUGGACUUUGAGGAUAAAGACAAACAUGUUGAUGACCCCCAAACAGAAUCAUCGAUUGCCAUGCUAGUAACAAGUCUCAUAACUGGUAAACUAUUGCCUUCUGCACUCAUCUGGGUAACAACAAGACCAGCAGCAGCCAAUAAGGACCUGUGUGACCUUUUCGACAUAGUUACAGAGAUUCAAGGCUUCAGUGAAAGACACAGAGAGGAAUAUUUUAGGAAGGUCAGUCCAGAGAAAGCUGAACAAAUGAUAGCACACAUAAAAUCAAAGAGAAGCUUCUACAUAAUGUGUCACAUCCCAGUGUUCUGUCGGAUCACAGCAGCGGUGCUCGCAGGGAAGGGAGAAGAGCAAAGUGCCUCUAAUCAGGAAAUGCCCAAAACAUUGACUGAAAUGUAUUCACGAUUCAGUGUCUUUCAGAUCACCAGAAUGAAUGAGAGAUGCGAGAAGAAGAUGAGCCCAGAGGAAAAAGGACAGCUCCUUGUUAAACUUGGGAAACUGGCAUUCAAACAUCUGGAGAACGGCACCCUGAUAUUCGAUGAGAAUGACCUGACAGAGUGUGACAUUGAUGUAAAUGAAGGAACAUUGCAGGCUGGACUUUGUACACAGAUCUUCAAAAAGGAAAAUGCUAUAAAUGGAGAGGGCAUAUUCAGCUUUGUGCACCUGAGUGUACAGGAAUUCCUGGCAGCUCUGUUCUUGCUCCAUACUCAUGCAACUGAGAAGAAGAAUCUCUUUAUCACGACUCGAAAGGAGAAGAUUAAAUGGGUGGUCCAUAACUCAAGGUUCGAUCUGAACAGGAUAUCUUUAAAGAGGGCCUUACUAAGUGAAAAUGGAGAAUUUGAUCUUUGCGUGCGCUUCCUUCUUGGACUGGCUCCAAUGUUGGAGCCCAAGGUGCAGUUCCCCCUGAAUAAUGUUCUGCCACGUUUGGGCCUCAGACAACUGAGCAAAGAGAAGACGGUUGAGUACAUCAAGAAAAAGAUCAAAAACGAAAACAUCCCACCAGAACGGAUCAUCAACCUCUUCCACUGUCUGAAUGAACUUGGAGAUGAUUCACUGGUUGAGGAAAUCAACAGAUACAUGAGCCCAACAGGCGAGGGACAGAAACUGACUCCAGCCCAGUGUUCAGCUCUGGCUUAUCUGCUGCUGAUGUCAGCUGAACAUCUGGAGGAGUUUGAUCUGAAGAAAUACCUGAGAUCAGAGGAGGGGCUCCACAGAAUGCUCCCUGUAGUCAAUGUCUCUAGGAAGGUUUGGUGA